CUGUUUAGGGUUUGAGUGUUGUCCACUGCGCCGGAUGUGUCGGCGAGGGUUAUUCUAGAAUAGAGAUUUGGUGUGGUGACCUUGAAAUUGGCAGGGAUUCGUAAACAAGUUGCAGUCGAAGAGCUGUGGUGUAGCUGUUAGGAAGCAUGUUUGAAAAGCUAUCGGGUUGUUUGAUUUAGUGCAAGUCGACGGGGUUCGGCAUUUCUGUGGAGACUUCUGAAACUUGUUGCGAUUGUUGGGGGUGUUGUUUGUUCUUAUCAGUACGGAUGCAGAAAGUGAAGCGAGUCUGUAGCGAAACGAUGGAGGAGGUCUUCCCGUGAAGACGAAGACUUCAUUUUCAAGAGUUACAGAUAAGAAUCACAGGCAUUUGCUCCUCACGAAGACCAGACCCUCUCCACAUACUUCUCCCGACUAUGGUAGAUUGUUCUGAAUAGUGCAGGUCGUUCUUUACGCUGCAUGCCUUCGCCUGCCGAUCCCCGCUUCCCCGUGAAACGUCCUCGGCUCCACUCAGUUUCUCAGAUACAAGAUAGUCCCCUCCUCUCUUUGAGCCAAAAGCUGCGACUCCAUUGCUAAAUUGAUUACAAGGUUCUCAGUCAGAACACCUCAUUUAAUACGCCACUUGUUCCUACACUUCCAGACUGUCUGGAAGCAAUGGCAACAGUUUUCACCCUUUAAUGUAACAAAGUAUGAGAAGAAAUAGUUAUGAAUAUUUAGUUGAAAUGAAAUCUGGCAUGUGCUGGAAUAGCUCAGUUGGUUAGAGCGUGUGGCUGUUAACCACAAGGUCGGAGGUUCGACCCCUCCUUCUAGCGAUGACAAUUAUCUCGGAGCAGAUGUUGUUAUAGUUUUUUCGUGACAGCGAGAAAUGGAUUACGGGGAAGGUCGCACGUCGCUGCCAGAAAAGGGAUGGUUCCGACAGGAUUUUAUUGCUGGUAUUGAAAUAUCGCACUUCUAUGUUGUAUGGAUGGUAACUGGGACGAUGUAAAUCGCCAGCCGAUUUGCCUCGCCAGCCGAUUUGCCUCGCCAGCCGAUUUGCCUCUACGACUGCCGGAGCACAAUGCGAGCUGUGUUGUCAAUAUUUUGACCAAGGCACACCUAUUGAGCUCUCUCCAAGGGUUAUUCCGAGAUCAUUUAGCGCAGAAGUUAGGAUUAGGGCUUAAGCCUCGCGUUUUACAACUUUGGCCAGCUUCAUCUUUCGCCGGAAGGGUAACAGGCCCUUUAGAUGUCGCAGUAUGAUUUGGGCAUUACAGCCGUCACUCUGCUCUGUUCGAGGACAGGACUGACUUGGGUAUUCGGCGAUUGACUACAUGAAUGAGGUUGCCGGACAGGGUAUGUGAUAUGCGAUCUGCAGACUCAAGAUAUGCACUUAAUUUAGGGUUCGGCACUCAAUCGUUUUUUGCAAAACCCACUUGAUGCACCACGACAGUAGUCAAGGCUGCUAUUGAGCAUGUAACGCCGAGCCUUUUGCGUGGGCUAAAUGACAAUGACAAAGCUUGAAGGAAGCCGGACAUCAGCAGAUUCAAGUAUGUGUUAUGCAUCAGCAAUGUACACCGAAGCACGAACAGAUAAACAACUCUGAUGGAAAAAACUACUGAAAUGUGUUCUAUCACAAGGUGUUUAUGUCGACGGAACGAUGAAGAGUGCCAUGGCUUAAAGUAUAUCAACCUUCCAGCAUGAGACUAUCGAUCCGAGUUGGCGUGGUCUUAAGCAUCGACAUUUGAUAAUUCCGUCUUCGUAGAUGUGUCAGUCCGAAAUGGUCUACGAACCUCCAAUCUAGCAACUUGCCUUCACGUUUUACGCACAGUGACUAUGACUGAUCAUACUUUUAUACCUUUUCUCAGGAUGAUUCUUGCACAGAUGAAAGCUUUCGCUCGUCCUUUCCGAACGAGAGUACUUGGAAUCUGAUUAGAGCAGCGAAUUUCCCACCAAUCCAUCGUUGUUGUCCUUUGGAAUCCCAACGCACAUGUGUUUGUUUGCAGCAACCGCUGAUCCACCGCUGUAAUUGUAGCUUGGAGAUAGGAAUCUUGCUCGUUUGUAUGCCGGUGUGUAUUGCAGAAGCGGGCUAGAGAACUUUCCAGUUCGAGGAGAGCGGCUAAGUUCUGGAGAAGGAGGAGUCAUGGCUUCCCGAAUCGCAAUCGUUCGCGGAGUUCCGGACACCUUCUGCGAUGCUCUGUCCAUGGUUCACCCACUGGUGCCCGUAGAUCUUGAAGUGGCGCGUUUGCAGCACGAGACAUAUGUAGAGGUUCUUGCAGGAUUGGUGAAGGAGGUAAUUCGGUUGCCAGCUGAUAACAAGUACCCUGACUGCCCGUUCAUUGAAGACACGGCAGUGGUUAUUGGCAAUAGGGCACUAAUUACACAUCCUGGGGCGACUUCGCGACAGGGAGAGGAGGUGGUUAUUCGGGAAGCUUUGACACAGUUGGGAUUGGACAUUUCUGAAGUGGAAUGCCCUGGCACAAUUGAUGGCGGCGACGUAUUGUAUGCUUCCGGUAUGCUUUUUGUAGGCAAGAGCCGGCGAACGAAUGCAGCAGGAAUUGAGUUCCUCCAAAAGGCGUUUCCAGAUGUGAAAGUGCAUAUCAUCAGAGUUCUGGAUGGUCUACACUUGAAGUCAGUUAUCAGCGAGAUUGCACCACAAACCCUAGCCGUGGAAGACAGUGUUGCUGCAGCAGCUAUGUUUGACGAGAUCCAAGAGCAGACCAAUGGUCACUUCAAGAUAGUGAAAACUGAUGGAGCAGGAGCAGCCAACACGGUGCUGGUGGGUGACACUGUAAUAUGCUCUGCUACUCUUGGACUUCCAGCCGACCUGGAAGCUCAUUUCAAGCAACAUGCUAAACAUGUUAUUCCAGUCAACAUCUCUGAGUUUCACAAGGUGGAUGGUGGUCUCACUUGCCUCUCUUUACUUAUUGAGAGAUGAGUGAAGCUGUUUUCAGAAGAGUGUAUUCAGCAGGUCCCUGAUGAAUUAGGUCUUAUUACGACUGUACGUUUUUCUGUCCUGUAGUUAUAAAUACCAACUGGAACGACCUUCUCCUUAGCUUUAUAUGUAUCAAUCACAUGAGUGUUCGAGUUGAGAAUCUAUUUUCUUCACUAGGAAACGAUUGUUCAAACGCGUGAUGUACGUUGUUGCCAAAUUGGGCACAAUUUCUUGGUUGUUUGACUUGUGCGAUUUUUUAAUGGGGCUCUGACAGUGCAAAAGUUAUCGAUCGACACAUCUACGACAGUGCAGCUUGUGUAAUUUGGCAUAUUUUACAUAGGCGUACAAUGUAGACAAUUUUUCUAGAUUAUGACCCGCUCUGUUUGUAACCCCGCAUAUGGUUGAUUGAACCUGUGUGUCGAAUAAUCCAGGAAAUGUUUCACAA